UAUGUUCGUGUAAUAAGCUAAUGUAUAGUUAAUAUAUAAUAUAUAAAAAAGUAAGUAAUUUUAUUAUUUAUUUAAUAAAAUACUAUAAGUAAAAGCAUUUUGCUUACAAUUUGUUACAUACUUAUUCAAUAUAUUCAAAAUGUACAUUUUUUGAAAACUAAAACGAUUUAAAACACAUAUUAUAGGUACUUACUUACCUGUUUUAUUACAUUGUUUUUUUUUUUUUACAGGAAAAAUGAUAUUUUUAAAACAAUUUGGUGUGAAUUUGUUAAUUUCCACAAAGCUUGCUCAUAUGACAUUGCGAUAUAAAACAAUCUAUUCUAAUACACUGUAUUUUAAAUUGUAUAAACAAAAUCAUUUAAAAUUACCAUUAAUAUACCAGCAUUUACAUAGAAAAUACUGUUACCAAACAUCGUAUAAAGGAGAUGAUACUGACAGUGAUAGUGAAGAUAUUAUAAAUGUACGUGAUAUCAAAAAUGUAAUAUUACCACAUUCUGAUGAUGCAUUAACAACACAAAUUGGUGAUUGUAAAUCAUUGCAAGACAUUUUCGAUUUGAUAUUACAAGACAAUAAUAGUCAACUGAACUGGAAAAAUAUUUCUAUGGCUAUAGCAAUGGUUAGAGAACUUCAAAUAAUAUAUUAUCGAGUGUGCUUAUAUGAAAAAAAUUUGCACUGUUCCAAUAUUACUCCAACAGAAAAUUUUGAAAACAUUUUAACAAAUGAAAAUUUUUUAAAACUUUUAGAUUUAAUUGAUAAACAUUAUAAGUUUAUGAAUAUUCAAUGUUUGUCAUACUCUAUAUUAUGUUUACAUAAAAUAGGAGUUCAUAAAAAUUCUAUAGUCAAUCAAAAUUUAUUAUAUUGGUUAAAAACAGUCUUAACCAAUACUCCUAUAGAAGAAAUACAAUCUUGUGUACUUUCAAGAUUUACAGUGUCUGUCGUGGGCCGUAGAGAUCUUUCAGGGUUGUACAUUCUCACAGAUAUUUGGCCAAUAGUGUUAAAAAAAAUUGGUAUGUAAAUAUUUUAGGAUAUUUAAUAUAUUUUUUUAAUUUUAUUAUUAUUUCUUAGCUUUAUGUAAUACAUAUGAUGAUUUAAAACAUAUUGCAAUAUGUUUGAACAAUUUGCCUUGGUUUUUAAACCAAGAUACAAUAGACAUGUUUGUUGAAAAAGUUAAAAGUGUUUUAGUAAAUAAUGAACAUAAUGAUGAUAAAAUAAAAUGUAUGGUAAAAGUACUAAGACUUCUAAAUAAUCCUUACUGGUCCUCUCAAAAUAUUGAUUUGAUUAGAUCUUUGUUACUUGACUUGCAAGGAUAUAUUCAUCAAAUAUCAGUUUAUGAUAUGAUUCAACUACAAAUGGUAUGAAAUCAAAUUUAAUACAAACCAUUCAAAUAACAAUUUUUAACCAAGUUCUUUCCAUAUGUUAGAGCUGUUUUUUUUUUAUUAAAAAUGAUCUUUUCAAAAUAUUAAAUUAACCAAUAUAUAUAUAUUUGUUAUUUACACUUAAUUUAAGUUUUGUUUAUUUUUUUAUAAAUCAACAGUUUUUUCAAUAUAUUUUAAAAAAAAAUGUUUUAAUAGUUAGUUUGCAUAAACUGUUUCAGAUUAUCCUGAAGCAAUUUGAACCAUAUCAGUUGUUUGAAGAAAUAUACAAUGUGACAUCUAAAUGGCUAACUAAAGUUGAUGUUGAUACUGAUAUCACUGUUUUGCGACUACUAUCGUGUAUAGUACCAUCCUUUAAUACUACACGAAAAAAAUAUAUUGAAACGCUGUUAAGGAAACAGUUCAUAUUAAAUUAUAAUUUUUCUCAAAUAUGUAUGGGACCUUUAUAUAAUAUUAUAAGAAAUCUGAAAACAUCAGAUGAACAAAUUUGUAAUGCUUAUUGGUCAAGUGUAUUGAAUUGGUUAAAUACUGGCAAAUCCUCUAUUCGAGAAAGUCAUAAAUUAUUACGAAUAUGUAAUAGGUAAAUAGGCACUAUAAUUAUUUACCUAUUUUGAAUAUUUAACUUUAUAAGUACCAUUACCUGGGAGAUGUGCAAGAUACUUUAAAAUUAAUAUCUACUUGAUAUACAACUAUUUUUAAUUUAUAAUACAUUUUUUUAAAAGCCAGGUAGGUAAAUGACUCGACCUGCCUCUUUCCCUUUGGUGCCUUUAGACAAAAUAUUACAAAAAGAGUAUUUAGAUACUAGAUAUAUUGAUUUCAAUAUCACAAUAUAAGAUGCAAUUUAAUUAGGAUACUACCCAAUCCUGUUAUUACCACUUACUAAAUUAAAGAAUACCUCUUGAUAUAUCUAUAACAUUUAUAUAAUCAAUAUGUCAAUAACGAACAUUUUAUUUUUUUUUUAGAUACAUGAAUUUUAAUAACAAUAUGGCUGGAACCUACAGACAUUAUUCAUUUGAAAAUCAAAUGAUCAUAUGGUUAAAAAAAGAAUUAGAUCAAGGUAUAUCAGCAAUAAUUCCAUCCGAAUAUAGCAAAAUAUUUUCAUUUUUUGUCAGCUAUCCUAAUAAAAAUAUUGGAUAUGAAAUACCCGAAAUAAUGGUUGAAAAAUUAUUAAGUAAUAUUGGUCAGUAUAGUGUAUAUGAUUGUUUUAUCAUCAGCCGUGGUCUUAAUGCUGCUUUCAUAAAUCGGAAAAAAAAAAUAUUACCAAAAUUCUUUGAUCAAUAUGUAAGUAAUAUUUAUUUUAAAUAAUUAUGUUCAAAAUUUUAUUUUAGAAAUAUUUUUUCUUGUUUAAAAUAUUUAAAAAAUAGUUUGUAUGUAAAUAUUGUUUUUUUAUAAUCCAGGAUCUUUCCCCCCUCCUUACUGCCACACAUUUAAUAUUCAAACAAAUUAAAAAAAUAAAUUAAGUGUACUGUUAUAAAAUUGAAAAGCAUAUUUAUACUGAUAAAACAAUAUACAUUAUUUUAAAAAAACAAUAACAUUUAGUAUAUUACAUUGUGGAUUUCAGUUCUUAGUCAUUGAAUAAAUUAUCUUUAGGUUAGGAUUGGUACAGCACUCAACAAAAGAUGUUUGAAUAUAUUAAAUCAAGAACACGAUUUAAGUAUUAACCAACUCAAUUCCAUGUAUCGAGGAUAUAAUUAUCGAGUAAAUAUUAAUGAACCUGAAGUCUUAUACAAAAUAGUUGAUAGGUAAAUAGCUUGUUCUUACAAUAGUUUUGUUUUUAAAAUGCCUAUUUAUUGAAUUAUGAUUUUAUAGGUAUAAAAACUUUACACAUGAAGAAUUCUCCUCCAAGUCAAUAAGAGAACUAACUUUUAAUUUAAUUGCAUCUGAUUGGUUUGAUUCUGAACUCUUAGACAAAUGUUUGAAAUAUUAUAUAAAAAAUCACAAAUAUUUAUUAGCAGAAAAUGUAGAAAAAAUAUUAACACUUUUUUUUUCAUUUGGAAUUAAUAGUGAAAAGUAUAUGGAAUUUCUGCCUUGUGCGGUUGAAAUCAUUAAUAGGUAUAGUUCAUCUAAAAUGCUAAUUUGCAUAUUCUAUUUAAUGACAAUUUUUUUUUCCUUUUUUAGAGAUAAACACAACAUGUCUGGUUUAAAUUUAAUGAGAUCUUCACUUGCUUUAUGUUAUUACUAUAGUCUUCCUAAAUACAUAACAGAUUAUAUAUUUAGUGUAGAAUUUCUAGAAAAAUUGGAUGAUGAAAUAAAAAAUUGUUAUGCAAAAGUACUUUCAUAUUUUUAUUUGAUAAACUACAUCCCUCCAUAUUUUAGUUAAAAUUAAAAUUAUUAUUUUAUCAUAUCUUUAGGCCACAUAUCCUUUAAAACUAAGGGAACUAUUAAUGACAUUAAAUAGAACUGUGUGUAUUGAUUGUCCAGAAUUUGAUGUACCAUGGUUUCAUUCAAAAUACUGUGAAGAAAAACAAUCAUUAGGUAAAAAAUUUUUUUUAUUUUCUUAAGACAACAAAUUAUAUUUUUUAAUUAUUUAGUUUCUAAACACACUGGCUAUUUUUAUUUGGAUGUGGAAAAAAAAUUAAAUCAGCUAAUUGAAAAUAAAGGUUGUCUAAAAGUAAACUCAUUUUCCCCAUAUGGAUAUAAAUUAGAUUUUGAGAUAAAUAUAAAUAUUUCAAAACAGCCUAAAAGGUAUGUAGUUAAAAAUACAAAUUAUGUUUAUUAUUAUUUUGUUUUUCAAAUAUUAAAGUGCAUUAAAUAUAUUUUGUCUAUUAGGAUAGUGGUGCUUCUUUUAAAUGAAAGAGAUUUACGAAAAACUGAUCAUGAAAUGAAAGGUCAUUGUAAAUUGAAGCAAAGACAUUUGGAAAUACUUGGUUAUAGAGUGAUAUGGAUUAAAAAAUCAAUAUGGAACUCCAUGUUUAUGACUGAGCCAAAUGCCAAAUUAUCAUAUUUAAAGAGCUUAAUUUGGCAAUAUACCUGAACAUUAAUUAGCUGUAAAAAUAUAAGUACCUAACUAAUAAGAAUAUAUAAUAUGUUAGUGUAUUUUUUAUAUUAAAAAAAGAGGGAUUCCUAUUUAAAUACUAUUAAACUGUAUAUAUAAUGAGUACCUAUACAUUCUAUAGUUGAUUUUCAUUAUUUACUAUUGCCCAUUUACAAAAAUUGUAUCUAGAUUAAAUAAUUAAAUAGUUCAUAAAAAUAAUAGUUAACCUAAUUAUAAAUUAAUCUCUCAACUAAUAUAUUUAUUUAUUUUAUAAUUACUUCAGUUUCAACUAACCUUUUAACAAUGGUGUAUUGGUAAAUAAAAUUAUGGGUAUACACAUCUAAAAGGGGUCAAAUAAACCCCAAAAUAAGUUACUCGCUAUAAUGAUGCUUAAAAUGACCUUCCAGUUAAUAUACAUUAAACUACCUAACCACCUUACUACACCGAUACAUUGCUUAGAUGUAUAUGUGUAUUCAUAAAUAACUUUUUACCGGUAUACUUCUGAAAUUUUAUAUUAAUUAUUUAUUUUUGUAAUAGUUUUAAAACUAAUUUACUUAGUUUCUAAUAAAUUAAUUUGUUCACUACAACUACUUUACUAGAAAACUGUUUUUGCAAUGAUGUUUUUAGUAUAUUACGUAUAUUUUCAUCUGUAAUUAAUUCCCAUGUGAUGAAAGAAGAAGAAUAUUCAUUAAUCAUAAAAAAAAGUCUAUUAGAAAAGUUUUUUUUUCCGUUUAAACAAAUUUUUAAGUCAUUUUUAGAUUCCGAGCGUAGCAAAGGAGCUAUUGGUUUUACAAUGCUGUUUAUUUUGUUUUUUUUGUUUUUUGUUCUUUGUUCUAUUCUGUGGACACGUUUUUUCCUAGUAAACUUGCUCCGAUUUUUACAUAUAGGAACUUUUCUGAAAGCUCAAGUUGUCUAGAUUGUACUUUACAGUCAUUUUUUGAUUUUCGUCGCCAUUUUUUAAAUAAAAACACUUAAGUGGUAAAAAGCGUACAAUUUUACUAUUUCAUUAUUUUAUAGAAACACGGACGACGUUUUUUUCCCGGAAAAAUGAUUUAAUCAAAAAAUCACAAGACAACUUUUUUCUUGCCUUUUUUAAUUCACUUUAUUACUGUAUUAUUAUUAAAACUUUUGAGCUACUUAUGAGCUUUUAAGGAAUUUUACAUUUUGGGAGUUUUUUAAUGUAAUUCGGUUAUAAAUACACGUAAGGACUUGAAAUUUGGUAAUAAUAUUUAUAUUGAACUUACCUAGACGUGGUAAAAUUUCCAAAAUCAUCGGACGAAUUUUUUUUUUAAUAAGUAUUUUGAAAUUAAAUUUAAACGGAAAUCGCGAAAAUAAUUACUGCAAUUUAAAUUAUUUAUUAUCGAAUUGCGCUCAGAAUCGUCUUUCGUCAAGCAAUGGUUUAUCGUUGCUUACAAAUAUAAAUGAAAUAACCUUAUGUAUCCUACCUUCUCAACUUCUCACCUACAACAGUGGCCGCUCCCAUCUCCAGUAUUAUCUUUUUUUUUUAUGCAUUGAAAUCCGCACUUUAACUAUUAAUAUAAACAGAGACAUUCAGAGAGGAAACAAUGGGACCAUUUUUCCCUAGGCCCCAUUUUUGCAAUAUUUUUAGGAGCCCUACUUAAAGUCUUGAUGUAUAAGAUUAAUGUAUUAAUAUACAUACUUAUGUUAGGAUUCAGGAUUACUCUAUGUUAUCCAUAACUCAUUCGAACCUAUAAUUUCAAAAAAAAAUGAUCUUUAUGAAGUGUUAAUAAUACAAUUUUAUUUCGUUUCUAUAGACUGAUCUGUUGUAAUUAUAAAUUAACAGACGAUGUUUUUAAUUAUUCUAAAUGACAAUAAUUAUGAUUAAACAUUAUUUACUAAUGUUGUUAUGGUGUUGUGUGUGAGUCCAAAGAAAUAAUAUUAAAAAGCUGUUCUAGAAUAAUGGAGACGGAUUCAGCCACUAUUGUAGGUGGAAAGUUGGUAAGGUAAGAUAAAGAAGGGAAUUUAAUGUAUAUUUGUAAGCAACGAUAAACCAUUGCAUUCAAGUUGAUAGUGAUGCUUUGUCAACAAUUUAUAUGGCAUAUUAUUUUAAAAUAAUUAAACAAGCAUUAUAUAUUUUCUUUAAUAAUAUUUGUUUAAUAUUAAUCCGAUUUUCCCAUGUUUUUUCCGAUUUUUCACAUUUGUUGGGAAAAUUUAAAAUCUCAAAAGUAACUGACCAGUCAGAUUUUAUUUUUAAAAAAUGUGCUAUCAUUGUAAAUCAGAGCCAAAUUGCUGGUAAAAAAGUUGUUCACAGGAAUAAGAAGGCCGUAAUAUUUACAUACAUUUAUAUAUUCUCCGUUUUUACUCAGUUUUUUUAGGGAGUUUUUCACAUUUGUUGAGAAAACUCCUAAAAAAAUCGAAAAACAUUAGCUGUCAUGGUUAAUAAUAUUGACCAAAAAAUUAUGUUGGUCCGAAGUCGAUAGGAAGAUUUACGGAUGCCAGGGAGGUAGUCAAACGGACAGAUAUUUACGAUGGCGUAAGGACAUUAUUUUACAUUUUUGAAACUUUUGAUUCUUACUAGAAAUAGGUAUGUUCCAACAACAUGAGAUCUUUUGAGUUGAAUUUUUAAUCUAGUUAGUGACGAAAGAAGUCGUUUUUUGAUUUUGUUUGUAAUUUUUUUAAUAAUUGAGCAAAACCUAAAAUACCUACGUGAAAACUACGGUCAAAUUUACGAAAAUAAUACUUUUAUUUUCAAUUUUGUUUUUUAUUAAAACUCAGUUAAACAAAUUCGUAGAGUCUUGAAAUUUUAACAGAAAAUUUGUAUCGGCCUUUUAUACGUGCUAAAAUUUUCAAAUUUAUUAAGCUAUCUAGGUACCUAUAGAUUAAUUAUACCCUACUAUAUAAGGUACCUACGCCCCAUUUGAAAACGUUUCUUAAAAUGUAUUUUAAAUAUUUUGUAGAGCUAGUUUUAAUUUGAUCCAAUUUUUUCGCUUUAAAAUUAUUUUAGUUUAAAUUAUACUACUAUAGGGUAUUCCCAGCGAUUGUAGGAAAAAAUAUCCGGCUUUUACAGUGUACACCUUAUUAUCUCCUCGUGUCAAACAACCUUAUAUAUAAAUAUGAUAAUCUAAAAUUAAUAUUAAUAAUAAUAAAUAAUUCAUUUGCUAUCAGUUUAGUUUGCCAACGUAAUAUGAUAUUGGGAGUUGUAUGAAAAAUUCUUUCUGCCAAAAAUGGCAACUUUUAUUACUUGGUCGCUGACAAGAUAUCGUCCAUUAUGCAGGAAGUUGAGCAGCUUGGGUAGUUUAUAAGUUGGGUCAUGGUCUGAGUCUGUCUGCAGUCACAAUAUGUAUCUUCAUCAGGAAUAAAAUCUCAUUUUGUCUGGUUUUCUUUGGAUUGUCCAACCCCUAUUUAUUGUUCUCCACACUGGCCCCUCUAAAUUGUUCCCUGCAGGUAGAUGUUCGGCUCGUACCAUCCACUUCUUAGUCUCCUUAUCUAAGGAGAGUUUCCAUCUGUCGAUACUUUCUUGGUCCUAGUUUACUUACAGUGUACACUGUAAGUAUAUAGUUUGAUAACAAGAACUAACCCAAAUCGUUAGGAACUGGUUUUAAAGUUUGGAACAGUUUGAAAUGUACGUGACGUAACAUUAAACAACGCUCAAAGAACUAUCAACCAAACUGAAGGAUGGAAUCUUAUGUUUUCCAAAUUAUUUUGACAUUCCGACCGUACCUAAAUAUUUGGCUAAUUGGCUAUUAAUUGAAAAAAUGCGAUUAGAAUUGGGAGUUGACCAGACCUGCAGCGCCGGCCCAAUGUAGUAGCAAAAUAGGCAGCCGCCUAGGGCGGCAAACUAAGAAUGAACCAAAUUGAUUUAAUUAUUUUAUUAUCCAGUAUACAAAAAUGUAUGUUCAUUGUUCAAUAAAUACAAAAAAAUAUACCUAUCUAAUAAUAAUAUUUCGUUUAUUGCAGACGUACCGUAAUCGUAAUGCUGUACGCAAAUAGAACGGCAAUAACGAUACCUGAUAAACCCAUAAUUGAUUUAAAAACUAAAUUUAAAGUUGAGUUUUCCAAUUGUUUAUACAUUUUAAUAGUAUUUAUAAUCAUCAUCAAUGGUUAUACUUAUAUAUAUAUUGUACGUAGCAAUCACUUUCCCUGAAGAAAGAUUUCAAAAAAUGCAUAACCACUCCAAUAAUUUUAAGUUUUCGUAUGACAUAAAUAAUUAUGACGUAGCUAUAGCACUCCGAAUUAUUUUAACAAUGUCUGUAUUAGUCAUAUUAGGUGAACGAAGCUUUUCCAAAUUAAAAAAAAUUAACAACUAUUUGAGGUCUUCUAUGAACCAAGAAAGGUUAAGUGAUCUUGCUACAAUUUCCAUUGAAAAAUAAGUGAUAAACAAUUUUGAGUUCCAACAUUUUUUGACUGAUUUUGCACAAGAAAAGGCUCGCAAAAUAAAUUUCAUUUAUAAUAUAUUUUUAAUUUUAAAGUUAUAUAUUUUUUCAAUGUACAAUAAAAUACUUAUUAUUAAUGUAUGAUAACGAUAAUGAACGUAUAACGUCGGUUAUAAAUACGUAGUGGGAUCAAAAAGUUCCCAGAAUACUUGAAUUGCGCGCCAACGCAGUGUCUAAGAGCAGUAGGAUUGAUAUCACUGGAUUCUGUGACUUCUUAGGAGUACAUCUGUGUUUUUAAAUUCUCUAUAACUUUCUAUUAUAUUAAUUAUAAUAAUUAUAUUAUUAUUUCUAUUAAUAUUUUUUUCGCAUUUUGGCGAUUUUGUAAUAAACCCAAAAGAAAAGCUUUUUUGAGGAGGGGGGGUUGGAAGGAUUAUUUUCUUGACAUAAUCUUGUUUGGUAGAGGAAUGUAACGUUUCAUAUGACUUUUUCCAACAAAUUGCAAUUGAAAAACUGCAGAUGUGCCGAGUGAAAGUUUUUCUCGAGAAUGUGGACGAAGGUCCAAGUUCAGAUUAAUCAGGAACUUUUUGGUAUAGUUAAUCACUAAAAACAUGUUGACAAUUUAUCAUAAUAAUAAUCACUACGUGUAUAAUAUUAUGUUAUCAUAAACAUGAAAGAAUAAUCUUCUCUAACCAACAUCCUCCUCCCUCCCUCAUCAAAAGCUUUUCUUUUGGAUUUAUUACAAAAUCGCCAAAUUUGAAAAAAAUAUUUUAAGAAAACAUCGGUCACAUCGAAACAAAGAAAGUUAUAGAGAAUCUAAAAAUACGUAUAUAUUCCGAAAAAGUCACAGAAUACAGUAAUAUUAAUCCUACUGCUUUUGGACAUUCCGUUGGAACGCAAUUCAAGUAUUCCGGAAACUUUUUGAUCCCACUAUGUAUGACUGGUACUAUUUCAGAACAUUUAUUUUAUAUUUUGUAGAGAAAACUGAAAUCGGACAAAACAUUUUUUUGAAAAAUAAAAACAAGGGUUUAUUGUUAAAAAAAACAAAUAUCCAUGUUUUAUAUCACCCCCUCUUCUCCAAAAAAUAAACUUUUGCGUAACAUGUAUUGAAUGCAAAUUGAUACAUGAUACAUACAUUGAUACAUACAUUUUUUUUCCUUAAGAACUAUUCUGCGUAUAUAUUAGGUAUGCUAUUUUAAUAUAAUCUUUGCUCUACAUUUUUAGCAUGCCAAAUUAUAAGGAAUACCAUGUUCUGUUACGUAUAUAUUAGACAAAUGUAUAAAAUCAUAUAAUACCA